UUCGCCAGGGCUCAGGCGGGGCGCUCGGUCAGGCGGUUACGACCAGGAGGCGUCGGAACCUGGCGUCGUAGGGCUGUGCUGCGCGGUCGGUCCUAUUCACCCUCGCCUGGCGCUCUCCGGCGUGGGCGGGCCGGACCUCCGCCGCUUCCAGGAAGGGCCGUGGGCCGUGGGACCCCAGCGAGGCGGCCAGUUACUUUGUAGUUUCACUCAGAAAAACAUAUGGAGACAUUUAUACCCAUUGAUUUGACAACUGAAAAUCAAGAGAUGGACAAGGAGGAAACCAACAGAAAACCAAGACUUUUAAAAUAUGAAGAGAAAAAACACGAAGAUAUAAAACCAUUAGAGACUCAACCAACUGAAAUAGCAGAAAAGGAAUUGGAAUAUAAAACAGUUAAAGCGUUCACUGAAUCUUUGAAGUCAGAGAAAACAGAAGAUUACCUUAAAGAAAAUAUAACUCAACAACAUAUGGUUUCUCCAGAACCAGCUUCGCUUAGGGAGAAAGGGAAGUCAUGGAGAAAAAAGGAUCAAACUCAUGCUUGUCCAAAAGUUAGGAAAGCCAGGCCUGUGUCAUAUGAUAGAACAGAACCAAAAGAUGAUGAUGUGAUAAGAAAUAUUAUUAGGCUACGAGAAAAGCUUGGUUGGCAAACUGUAUUACCGCAGCACAGUUUGAAAUAUGGAAGUUCCAAAAUUGCAGUUCAGAAGAUUACUUUAAAGAAACCUUUGGAAGAUGAUGGAGAAUUUGUAUAUUGCCUUCCUCGGAAAAGUCCUAAAGCCCUUUACAAUCCGUAUGAUCUUCAGGUAGUAUCGGCUCAUACCGCUAAACAUUGCAAAGAAUUUUGGGUUAUUACUGCUUCAUUUAUCUCAAAGGUCACUAAUAUCGUUGGUAGUAUAGAGGAAGUAGAACUCAUACCUACUUUGGAAUGGCUAUCAGAAAGAAGACAUUACUAUUUAUUACGUCAAUUCAAGAUAUUUUCUGAUUUCCGAAUGAAUAAAGCAUUUGUCACCUGGAAACUGAAUGUUAAAAGAAUUAAGACAGAGAAGAGCAGAUCAUUUUUGUACCACCAUCUUUUUUUGGCUGAUGACUUAUUUCAAGCCUGUUUACUUUAUAUAAGAGGACUUUGUGAAGAUGCAAUUAAUCUCAAAAAUUAUAAUGACCAUGAAAAUAAUCUAUCUGCCAUAUGCCUUGUAAAGCUGGAUAGUUCUCGAACAUAUUCUCUAGAUGAAUUUUGUGAAGAGCAGUUACAGCAAGCUACCCAGGCAUUGAAACAACUUGAGGACAUCAGGGAUAAGGCAAUUUCAGAGAUGAAAAGUACUUUUCUAAAGGUUGCAGAAAAGAAUGAAAUCAAAAGGUAUUUUGAGUCAAAACUCUCUGAAGAUGACACAACACAUUUCAAGCUGCCUAAAUAUAGACAUUUAUUAGAAACAUUUUUCAAGUUUGUAAUGCUGAUUGACUACAUAUUUCAGGAACUCAUUCGUCAACUUAUGAACACUGCAGUCACACUACUUUUGGAAUUAUUUAAUGGUUCUGCUGGAAUGCCAUUUUCAGUGGAAAAAAAGAAUGAAAAUCUCAUCAGAACAUUCAAGGACAACUCUUUUCCUACUGGAAAGACAACAAAUGAUUAUGAAGAACUUGUUGAUAAUUCAAAGACACAUGCUAUUUCUGUUCAAAAGUCAGAAGUAAAAACAGACUCUGAUAUUAGUGAGAUUUUGUAUAGUGUUGAAGUGGGGAAGGAUUUGAGAAAAACAUAUGCACCAAUAUUUGAAGUAAAUCUAUGCUUGAGAAUUCCUGCUGAGAGUGAUUCUUCAGAAAAUCCUAAAGAGAACUUUCACGAAUCUGACCUGUGCCCUGAAGAGUGUGUAAUGUUUGAAGAUGAAAUGUCAGAAAAUAAAGACAAAUGUGUCAAAAAACACUCAAGUGAAGAAUUGCUCCCAAAAGCCAAGAAAUCAAAAGAAAUUAGUUACAAUCUUGAAGAUAUUCUUUCAGACACAGAAAGUGAGACUGAGUUUGAGAAUAAAUACAUGUAUUAUGAAUUUCCAGAAUUUCCUACAAAUCUCUUUAUAGAUCCCAACAGAUUGGAGUUUUCAGUAAAAAUUCAAAAUAUGUUGACUAAUAUGGAAAAAUGUAUAACCACAAUUACUCCUCUUUGCCAAGAUCCUCACCUGUCUAUCUUCAUUGAUUUGGUUUCAACAAUGGAUUUACCUAAUAAGAUAGGAAGCAUAAUACAUUAUACAGAGCAGACCAGAUGGCCAGAUUGUCACAUCCUUUUUGAAAUGGAUCCUGCCUACCAAAAUAUAAUUGUGAAUCUCCUGACUAUUGUUGGUAAUUCAAUGGGCCUAGUUAAUGCUUACAGCUGCAAGUUUAUAAAGUAUUGUACCAUGGUAGAAAAGGCCAAAAUCAUGAGUAUGAAAAUAUCAUCUAUGGGAGAAUUAACUUCAAAAGAAUUUGAAGCUAUUUUAAAUAGAUUCAGAAAUUAUUUUAGACAUAUUGUGAAUAUGGCCAUUGAGAAGCGUAUUGGUAUUUUCAAGGUUGUAAGUCUUGAUUAUCAAUCAGAAUGCUUACCGUAUAUUGACAACGUCAUACAUAUGAGUCACACCCUCAUGCGAUCUGUAAUUGAAAAAAAGAACAAAAAUUUAUUGGAAGUUGUGGAAUCAUCAUUGCAGCAGCUGGAAUGUGAUCCCACUGAAAUAGAAGAAUUCGUGGAGCAUUUUAUUUUUUUGAAUACAAUUUCCUCAAAAAUAUCUAAAUUAGAAAAAGAGUACUUAACAAUUUCUCAGCUAUAUUCUGUUGUAACCCAUCACCAGACCCAUAUUUCAGAAGAGCAAAUUGCCAUAUUCCAAGUUCUUCAUAUUAAGUUUAGUCAACUAAAAUCAUCUAUGAAGUUAAGUAUAGUAAAUAAAGACACUGCUUUAACUAAAUUCAGAGAUAACUUGGAAGCAUGUAUCAGUGGUCUGCGUGUUGAUGUUAGCAAUUUAAAAGCCAAGAUAAGAACUCCUCUUUUGUUAUGUGCUGGUACUCAAGUGUCAACGGCAAUGGAAAUGAUCCAGACUCUCUCAGGGGAAGCUGCAAGUUUAACUAACAAAGCUAAAGCAUAUUCAAGCUAUCAGGAUUGUUUCAGUGAUUCUCAAUCUCAUAUGCAUUCUAUUAAUGUGGAAGAAAUUACACAGAUUGUGCUUUCAGAGAUCUCUGACAUUGAAUGUGACUUGACUUUGAGGAAAAAAUUAUGGGAAGCACAAGAGGAGUGGAGGCAAGCCUCUUCGGAAUGGAGGAAUUGUUCUCUUCAAAGUAUUGAUGUUGAAUCAGUACAGAAAAAUGUUUCAAAACUGAUGCACAUAAUCUCGGUAUUAGAAAAAGGUUUACCUAAAAGCGAUAUGCUGACACAUCUUAAGCAAGUGGUAACAGAGUUUAAACAAGAGCUGCCUAUCAUUAUAGCUCUGGGAAAUCCCUGUCUCAAGCCAAGGCAUUGGGAGGCUCUCCAGGAGACUAUUGGGAAGUCAGUUACCCUUGAUAAAAACUGUAAAGUAGAGAAUCUUCUAGCUCUCAAGAUGUUUCAGUAUGAAAAUGAAAUAAAUGAUAUGUCAACUUCAGCAACUAAUGAAGCUGCUCUUGAAAAAAUGCUAUUUAAGAUUAUUGAUUUUUGGAACAUUACUCCUUUGCAUUUAGUUCUUCACCACACAGAGAUUUACUCUAUCUUCAUAAUACCAUCUAUAGAUGACAUAUCAGCUCAGUUAGAAGAGUCUCAAGUCAUACUUGCAACAAUUAAAGGAUCUCCCCACAUUGGGCCCAUUAAGGAUCUUGUGAAUGAAUGGGAUCAAAACUUGACUCUCUUCUCUUACACCCUUGAGGAAUGGAUGAAUUGUCAAAGAAAUUGGCUUUAUCUUGAACCAAUCUUUCAUUCUUCAGAAAUAAGAAGGCAACUCCCAGCAGAAACAGAACUUUUCUCUCAAGUGAUUUCCAUGUGGAAAAAAAUAAUGUCAAAAAUACAAAACAAGCAGAAUGCUUUGCAAAUAACCACUUCUGCAGGAGUCCUUGAAAUUCUGCAAAAUUGUAAUAUACAUCUUGAACAUAUAAAGAAAAGCCUUGAGGAUUACCUUGAAGUUAAAAGAUUAAUUUUCCCAAGAUUUUACUUUCUUAGCAAUGCUGAACUUCUUGAUAUUCUAGCUGAUAGCAGAAAUCCUGAGUCUGUACAGCCUCAUCUUGUGAAAUGUUUUGGAAAUGUAAAACAAUUAUUGAUAUGGAAACAAGACAUUGGCCCUCCUGCUGUAAAAAUGCUAAUAUCUGCUGAAGGGGAAGGUCUCGUGCUGCCAAAGAAAAUUCGUGUAAGAAGCGCUGUAGAACAGUGGCUGGUAAAUGUAGAAAAAAGCAUGUUCGAUGUGCUAAAAAAAUUUUUAAGUCAAGGGAUUGAAGACUGGAACUGCCGGACGUUUUCCCAAUGGGUGUUAUCUCAUCCAGGACAAGUGGUACUUACUGUGAGCCAGAUCAUGUUUUAUAAUGAUUGUAUUAAAAGUUUUGUGAGUUCUUAUUCAAGAGAAAAAUUGGAAAAAGUCCACGCUGGUCUGAUAUGUCAUCUAGAAGAGGUUGCAGAGCUGGUAGUACUGGAUACUAGUAACUCUCGAACAAAAGCUGUACUAGGGGCACUGCUUACCCUUUAUGUUCACUGCAGAGAUAUAGUGAUAAAUUUACUACUAAAAAGUAUCUUCAAUGCAGAGGAUUUUGAGUGGACAAGACAUUUGCAAUAUAAAUGGAAUGAAAAACAAAAAUUGUGCUAUGUAUCUCAAGGAAAUGCCAGCUUUACUUAUGGCUAUGAGUACUUGGGCUGUACCUCAAGAUUGGUUAUUACACCUCUCACAGACCGAUGCUGGCUAACUCUCAUGGAAGCACUACACUUGAAUCUAGGAGGCUGUCCUGCUGGUCCAGCUGGUACAGGAAAAACUGAGACUGUCAAAGAUCUGGCAAAAUCCUUAGGCAAACAUUGUGUGGUCUUCAACUGUUUUGAGGAUCUGGAUUAUAAGAUAGUGAGAAAAUUCUUCUUUGGACUAGUUCAGUCAGGAGCUUGGAGUUGUUUCGAUGAAUUCAAUCUAAUUGAUUUGGAAGUUCUCUCUGUCAUUGCUUCACAGAUCCUAACAAUUAAGGCUGCAAAAGACAACUAUUCUGCCAGAUUUGUACUGGAAGGAAAAGAAAUUCGUAUCAAUAUGUCUUGUGCAGUAUUUAUCACCAUGAAUCCCAGAUACAAAGGUGGAGUAGAGCUCCCAGAUAACUUAAAAUCUCUGUUUCGCCCAGUGGCAAUGAUGGUGCCCCAUUAUCAAAUGAUUGCUGAAAUAAUAUUGUUUUCAUUUGGUUUCAAAUCUGCAAAGUCACUCUCUGAAAAGUUAACUAACCUUUAUGAAUUAGCGUGCAAACAGCUCUCACAACAGGAUCAUUAUAAUUUUGGCUUGAGAUCUCUGAAGAUAGUUUUAAUAAUGGCUGGAACGAAGAAACGGGAGUUUAAAUGUGAUACCAGUGACAAUCUUUCUGAAGCAGAUGAAACCUUGAUUGUUAUCGAGGCUAUAAGAGAAGCUAGUUUGCCCAAAUGUCCUCCUGAAGAUGUCCCACUUUUUGAAAAUAUUAUAGGAGAUAUUUUUCCAGAAGUGACAGUUUUAAAAGUAAAUCAACUUGCCUUGGAGAAAGUAAUAUGUAUUGCAACUCAGCAAUUGGGUUUACAAAACUGGUCAUCUCAGAAAGAGAAGAUUAUACAGUUUUAUAAUCAACUUCGGGUUUGUGUUGGUGUGAUGUUAGUGGGCCCAACAGGUGGAGGAAAGACAACAGUCAGAAAAAUUUUGGAAAAAGCAUUAACACUAUUACCAAUUGCAGACUUCUUAUCAGUUACAGAAAGAAAAUCUGCUUCAAAGAUUUCAGGAAGAAAAGGAAAAGUAGACAUUUGUGUUUUAAAUCCAAAGUGUAUCACUCUCAGUGAACUAUAUGGACAACUGGAUCCUAAUACUAUGGAAUGGACUGAUGGAUUAUUAUCAGCAACAAUUCGAAGUUAUGUGUAUUUUAACACACCAAAGAACUCAAAGAAAGACAUUGAUCUCAGACUAAAGUCAAGAAUCUCAGAUUUAUCCAAUGUUUUCAAACUUGAUGCCUCUGAUAUGACAGAUACUGAUGAUAAUAUUUUUGAGGAGAUAGAGAAAGUUGUUAAAAUUCCAGAAAAUCACAAUUUUGAUUGGCAGUGGAUUAUCUUAGAUGGCCCAGUGGACACCUUUUGGGUAGAAAAUCUGAACUCUGUGCUAGAUGAUACUAGAACAUUAUGCCUAGCAAACAGUGAGAGAAUAGCUUUAACUAAUAAAAUAAGAGUGAUUUUUGAAGUGGACAGUCUCUCUCAGGCCAGUCCUGCUACUGUCAGCCGAUGUGCCAUGGUCUAUAUGGAUCCUGUUGAUCUGGGAUGGGAGCCUUAUGUUAAGUCAUGGCUUCUGAAAACUUCUAAAAUUAUAAGUCAAUCAGGAGUGGAUUGUCUUGAAUUCAUGAUUAAAAAUAGUGUCACAGACGGACUACAAUUUAUAAAGAAUCGUCAGAAAUUUCAGCCAUAUCCUAUGGAGGACAUAACAAUCAUCAUAACCCUCUGCAGAAUUCUUGAUGCUUUCUUUGACUUCAUGGGUAAAAAUGGAGGAUUUGAACAAAGUAAUGAUUUGAGUGACACGUCAUCUAAGGAGGCAAAUUCUCGAAGAGAUUCUGUCACAUUCAAGGAUAUAGAAAAGAGGGAUGAAAAUACGUGGUGUCCAGAGAAAUAUCCUGAUAAAUUAACAAAAAUUAUUCAAAAGCUUUUUGUGUUUGCCUUUACUUGGGCAUUUGGAGGAGCUUUAAACCGUGAAGAUGAACACAGAGAAAAUAUACCAUUUUGUCCCAGUUUUGAACCUGAUUCUCUUGCAAAAGUAACAUACGAUUUUGACAAACUUAUUCAUGAAUUAUUUGGAAGCAAUUCACAAGUAGGCAUCAACCUACCAACUGGUGAAUGUUCUAUCUUUGGAUAUUUUGUGGAUAUAGAGCAAUGUGAAUUCAUACCUUGGUCAGAGUUAGUUCCUAAUGAUCAGACACUAAUUCAAAGAGGAACUUCAUUACUAACUAAUCUUCAAAGAUCUGGCGAAAACUUCUUGAAGAUAACAGAAUGUGGAGAAUGCAUUAAUUAUACUGCUACCAGAGACACAACAUGCCUUUCUUUUCUCAUGAGCCUUCUUUUAAAGAAUUCCUGCCCUGUACUUCUCACAGGAGAAUCUGGUGUUGGGAAAACUGCUGCCAUUAAUCAAAUGCUUGAAAAGUUAGAGGGUCCAGGAGCAUUUGACAUAAAACAUGGUUCAAUUUUAGGAGAUACCCUAUUGUAUAGUGAAACUAAAAAAUCAAGUAGCCUGAAACGGAAUAUCAGCAUCUUGAUUCCUGAAGCUCAUAAGACAGCAACUGGAAGUUCAAUUGGCAUCACAGAUAAUCCCACUAAAAAGCCAGAAGUUAGAACUGAUAAAAAGUUACUUAAAAAUCAUGGUCAUAAAGGAGUUGUAGUCUCUACAAUAAAUUUUAGCACCAAUAUGACAGCUGCCAAAACCAAAGAGAUGAUUCUUAAGAAGUUAAUAAGAAGAACUAAAGAUACUCUUGGAGCACCAAAAAACAACAGGAUUAUAGUAUUUAUUGAUGAUAUGAAUAUGCCAGUAUCGGAUACGUAUGGAGCACAACCACCCCUGGAAUUGAUAAGACAAUUGUUAGAUUUGGGAGGGGUUUAUGAUACUGCAAAAAAUACAUGGAAGAAUAUUCAAGAUCUGUCUAUAGUUGCAGCUUGUGUUCCAGUUGUGAAUGAUAUCAGCCCACGUCUUCUCAAACACUUUUCCAUGCUGGUAUUACCUCAUCCUUCACAAGACAUCUUAUGUACUAUUUUCCAGGCUCAUUUGGGAAUUUAUUUCUCCAUCAAUAACUUCAUACCUGAAGUUCAGAAAAGUAAGGAUCAGAUAAUAUCUUGUUCCCUAGCUAUAUACCAUCAAGUACGUCAGAAUAUGUUACCAACUCCAACAAAAUGUCACUACAUGUUUAAUCUUCGAGAUAUGUUUAAGCUUCUCCUGGGAUUGCUGCAAGCUGACAGGACUGUUAUUAACUCCAAAGAGAUGGCUGCUCUGCUCUUUGUUCAUGAAGUCACCCGAGUAUUUCAUGAUCGCUUAAUUGAUUUCACUGAUAAAAGCCUUUUCUAUCGGUUGCUUUCAAAGGAACUUGAGAACUAUUUUCAGAUUCAGUGGACCCAAGAAAACCUGAUGAAUCACUCAACUGUAUUUUUGGACUUCUUGGAUAUAAACAAGACUCAUAGAAGAAAGAUCUAUCAGAAUACCAAUGACUAUAAUAAACUUGCCAGUGUACUUAAUGAAUUCCAAAUGAAGUUGGGUUCAGUUUCUUUGGAGCUUUCUCAUUCCAUGGUGUUCUUCAGGGAAGCCAUAGAACACAUCACAAGAGCAACAAGGGUUCUUCGACAACCAGGGAGCCACAUGUUACUGAUUGGAAUAGAUGGAUGUGGGAAAAAAACAUGUGCAACCUUGGCCUGUUAUCUGACAGAUAACAAACUAUACCGAGUGCCUAUAUCUCACAAAUGUGCCUACAUCGAAUUCAAAGAAGUUUUUAAAAAGGUGUUUAUUCACGCAGGAUUAAAAGGGAAACCCACUGUUCUGAUGGUUCCCAAUUUAAACAUAGAGCAAGAUUUAUUUUUAGAAGAUUUGAACUACAUCAUCAAUUCAGGAAGAAUACCUGACCUGUUUGAAAAUGUUGAGCUGGAUUCUAUUGCGACGAAAAUCAGAUCUCUUACUGAACAGUCUGGUCAUAUGGAUAAUAGGCAAUCUUUACUUUCACUCUUUCAAAAGAGAAUAUAUAAAAAUCUUCAUAUUUUUGUGAUCAUGAGUCCUGAAGGACCUAGCUUCCGCCAAAAUUGUAGAGUAUAUCCUUCUAUGAUUAGCUCCUGCACGAUCGAUUGGUACGAGAGGUGGCCAGAAGAAGCUCUCCUUAUUGUAGCUAACUCAUUCUUAAAAGAAAAAGUCAAUUUUGAGAACAGAGAGAUGCCCAGAUUCAGAUUCUGCAAUGCCUGGGUCUCUUCACUAUGCUGUCCACAUGGUGGAACAGCAGAUUUCUAUGAAGGAAAACAGUCUCCAUUCUGCAUACCAGAUUCUAUGAACUUGAAAGAAAAACUUGCCCCAACCUGUGUCCAAAUCCACAAAAGCAUGAAAGACUUGAACAGAAAAUACUUUGAAGAAACUGGAAGAUUUUAUUAUACCACUCCCAGUAGCUACUUGCAAUUUAUGGAAACAUUUGCACACAUUUUGAGGGCACGAGAGGAAGAGAUGCAAACAAAGAGGGAUCGCUUCCAUAUGGGUCUAUCCACAAUCCUGGAAGCAACCACACUAGUUACAGAAAUGCAGGAAGAGCUCUUGAUUCUUGGCCCUCAAGUAGAACAAAAAACAAAGGAAACAGAAACUCUAAUGGAAAAACUACGGAAAGAUUCACAAGUAGUUGAGAAAGUUCAGAUGCUUGUUAAACAGGAUGAAGAAAUUGUGGCAGAAGAAGUAAGAAUUGUGGAAGAUUAUGCUCAGAAAACUGCCAAUGAACUAAAAAGUGUGCUGCCAGCCUUAGACAAGGCAAUUGUGGCUCUGAAUGCCCUGGAUAAAGCUGAUGUCGCUGAAUUAAGAGUAUACACACGGCCUCCCUUCCUCGUACUGACUGUCAUGAAUGCAGUGUGUAUACUUCUGCAAAAGAAACCUAACUGGGCAACGGCAAAGUUACUUCUUUCAGAAACUGGUUUCCUGAAAAAAUUGAUUAACCUUGACAAGGACAGCAUACCUGAUAAGGUUUUCAUGAAGCUAAAAAAAAUUUUAACCUUACCUGAUUUCAACCCAAACAAGAUUGCGCUGGUUUCUGUUGCUUGUUGCUCCCUGUGCCAGUGGGUUAUAGCUUUGAAUAACUACCAUGAAGUACAGAAGGUUGUGGGCCCUAAACAAAUCCAAGUAGCUGAAGCUCAAAACGUCCUUAAAAUUGCGCGACAAAGACUGGCUGAGAAACAAAGAGGUUUACAGCUGGUUGAAGAACAUUUGCUGUUUUUACAGGCAGCUUACAAAGAUACCGUUGCUGAAAAACAACUAUUAGCAAAUCGGAAAAAAAUGGCCAGCAGGCGCUUUCAGUGCGCGUCAGUCUUACUAACUGUCCUGGAAGAUGAGAAGACUCGAUGGCAAGAAACAAUCAAUCAAAUAGAUAACAAAUUAGAAGGAAUUUUGGGUGACAUACUUCUUUCAGCAGCAUGCAUUGUAUACAGUGGAAUUUUAACACCAGAAUUUCGCCAGUUGAUUGUGAAUAAAUGGGAGACUUUCUGCACUGAAAAUGGCAUUUCUUUGUCUUCCAACUUCUCUUUAAUUAAAGUUAUGGCACAAAAAUAUGAGAUCAGCCGAUGGCAUAAUCAGGGACUACCUCAUGGUCAGUAUUCAGUAGAGAAUGCCAUCUUGAUCAAGAAUGGCCAGCAGUGGCCACUGCUGAUUGACCCACAUAGGCAAGCUCACAACUGGAUCCGUCAGAUGGAAGGAUCCAGGCUGCAGAAGCUCUCCAUUGAAGACAGCAAUUACACCAAAAAAAUUGAAAAUGCUAUGAAGACAGGAGGGAGUGUCCUCCUGCAGAAUCUCCUUGAGACAUUAGCUCCAGGCUUAAAGGCAAUUCUGAAAAAGGAUAUCUAUCAGAAAAAAGGACACUAUUUCAUAAGGGUUGGUGACGCUGAGAUCGAAUACAAUUCAAAUUUUAGGUUAUACUUAUCUACAGAAAUAGACAACCCCCAUUUUCUUCCAUCAGUUUAUAACUUUGUUACUAUGAUCAACUUCACUGUAACAUUCCAAGGUUUACAAGAUCAACUCUUGUCUACUGUGGUAACUCAUGAAGUUCCUCAUUUAGAAGAUCAACGUUCCAAGUUACUGGAGAGUAUUUCCCUUGAUGCCGUAACUCUUGAAGAACUAGAGGAAAAAACAUUAAAUUUACUGCAGAAAGCACAAGGAUACGCGUUAGAUGAUGAAGAAAUUAUAGAUACUUUAAGAAAAUCCAAAAUGACAUCAAAUGAAAUUUCAAAGCGCAUUGAAGCAACAAAAAAAGCUGAAAGUGAAAUCCAAGCAAUACGUAAAAACUAUCUCCCCAUUGCAACCCGAGGUGCCCUGCUCUACUUUCUAGUAGCUGGUCUCACGCAAAUCAACUACAUGUACCAGUUCUCCCUAGACUGGUUUCAUCAGGUUUUUGUUUUGUCAGUAGUUUCCAAAAGCAAAGAACAAGAACAUAGUUUUAAAAGGGAGAAAGUGUCUCCAAAAGAAGUUCAUGAGAUUAUAAAUAUUUCAAAAGAACCCAACUUGGAAAAUGAGAAAAAUCUCUUAGAUAAGCAUAUUAAAAGUGCAAUGGAUGUGUUGACAAAAAGUAUUUUUAAGGUGGUUUCUUCAGCUCUAUUUAAUGAAGAUAAACUUUGCUUCUCUUUUCGGCUUUGUACUGCAAUCAUGCAAAAUAAUGCUAAUGGAAAUCUAAUACAGGAUGACAUUGGAUUCCUACCAGAAGAAGAAUGGAACAUCUUUUUAUAUUCUGGCAUAUUGAUAAAUAUUAAAAGUGCAUUAUCCCAGUCUAGACUUACUAGCACAUUUGAAAUAGAUGAAAGUCAGCAUCUUCAGUGGCUGUCAGAUUCUAGAUGGAGGCAGUGCCAAUAUGUCAGCGCUCACCUGGAACCAUUUUCACUUCUGUGCAAAUCCCUUUUAUCAAAUGUAUCACAAUGGGAUACUUUUAAGAACAGUAAAGCAGUUUAUUCUCUGAUCAGCACACCUUUCUCUUCAGAAAAUGCUUCAUUGGAGGAAAAUACAAAACCACCAGAGGAGACUGAACUUUUGAAUGAAAAUAAAGAAACAUGUAAUCCUAUAAAUUUUCCCUGGGAGAAACUCACUUCAUUUCAAAGACUUAUUUUGAUAAAAAUUCUUAGACCAGAAAGUUUAAAUAAUUCAGUGAGAAAGUUUAUAACUGAAAAAAUGGGAAAUGAAUAUCUUCAAAGAACUGGAGUUAAUUUGAAAGAUGCAUAUAAAGAAUCCAAUGCCAGAACUCCGCUGAUACUUAUUCAGUCUCAUGUUCGUUAUACAGGGAUCGACCUUACCAAUAUUCUCCUGAGAUUUGCACAAGAGUUAAAAGGAACAACACAUCAUGUGACCAUAAUUUCUCUGGGCCGUGACCAGGCAGCGAAAGCUGAAGACCUCAUUUUAAAGGCACUAACGAAAACACAACAAUGGGUCUUCCUCCAGAACUGCCAUCUUGCAGCCUCAUUUAUGCCAAGGCUUUGCGCAAUUGUAGAAUCCUUUAAUAGUCCAGACAUGACAAUAGACCCUGAGUUUCGGCUAUGGUUAAGCUCAAAAUCAUACAGUUCUUUUCCAAUUCCUAUUCUUAAAAAGGGUUUAAAGAUUGCCAUGGAAUCUCCCCAGGGAUUGAAAAGUAAUUUACUUCAGACAUUUGGAUGUACUGGGAGUGGAGAGGUAACAGAAGAGAUAUUUGAAAAUCCUGACUGUGGACAAUGGUGGAAAAAACUUUUAUUUAGCCUAUGUUUUUUCAAUGCUGUGAUCAAUGAGAGAAAAAGUUAUGGAAUAUUGGGCUGGAAUAUUGCUUAUAAAUUUAAUUCUUCAGACUUGGGGGUUGCCAUUAAGGUGUUGGAAAAUUCCCUAAGAGGACAGCCCAGUAUUUCAUGGCAAGCACUGCGCUACCUGAUUGGAGAAGUGAUUUACGGUGGCCGGGUAAUUGAUAAUUGGGACAAGCGAUGCUUGAAGACCCUGCUCUACAAAUUUUGUAAUCCUGAAGUGCUGAAAGAUGACUUCAGUUUCUCCAGUGAUGGGAUAUGUCAGCCAGUUCCAGGAUCUGCAAGCAUAAAGGACUACAUACACAUUAUCCAGUCCUUACCUGAUGACGACCCUCCCGAGGUCUUAGGAAUACACCCAGAGGCCAUCAGGAGCUGCUGGGAGACCCAAGGCGAAGAGUUUAUUGAAAAUCUGAUUGCCAUGCAACCAAAAACUACCACUGCCAACCUCAGGAUCAGACCUGAGCAGAGUAAGGAUGAACUGGUGAUGGAAAUUCUAUCCGACUUGCUAAAGCGGCUGCCAUUGACAGUGGAGAAAGAAGAAAGUGCUGUUGGAACUCCAAGCACAUUGAAGAGCAUGAUGUCAAGCUCCAUUUGGGAGUCUCUUUCUAAAAAUCUCGAAGAUCAUGACCCCCUUAUCCAUUGUGUCUUGCUAACCUUUUUGAAGCAAGAAAUUAAACGAUUUGAUAAGUUAUUAUUUGUCAUACAUAAAUCCUUAAAAGAUCUUCAACUUGCUAUAAAAGGAGAGAUCAUCCUCACCCAAGAAUUGGAGGAAAUACUUAACUCUUUUCUUAAUAUGAGAGUGCCUACAUUGUGGCAGAAACACGCCUACAGAUCAUGUAAGCCACUGAGUUCCUGGAUUGAUGAUCUCAUCCAGCGACUGAAUUUCUUCAAUACUUGGGCCAAAGUGGCUUAUACUGCAAUACAGCGUCGGUAUAUGAGAUUUGUCACAAUUUGGAAGCAGUCUAUUCCAUCAUCUAGCCAAAAACGCAAACACCCUGAGGAGUCAGAGAACAAUUUCAUUGAGGGAUUUCCUUCAAGAUACUGGCUCCCAGCUUUCUUCUUUCCACAAGCCUUUCUUGCUGCUGUGCUUCAAGACUAUGGGAGGUCCCGAGGAAUCUCUGUGGAUACCCUCACCUUCACCCACCAUGUGAUUUCCGACACCACUGACAAGGAUGAGAAGUUCUCCGUAUUUAUGCCAAAGAAACUCAAUAUAGUCAGGAGAGCAUUUAAGGGCUUGGAUUCCUCUCACACUGGAGUUUACAUUUUUGGUUUAUUCAUCGAGGGGGCAAGAUGGAAUCGCGAACAAAAGAUACUGGAAGACUCGCUGCCUCUGGAGAUGUGCUGUGAUUUUCCCGACAUACACUUUUUGCCAACAAAGAUUUCUACCGAAACACCAAAUGCUUCCAACCAGACAGAUUCAGAAUGCUAUACUUUUGAAUGCCCAGUUUACCAGACACCUGAGAGGUCAAGAAUUUUAGCAACUACUGGUUUACCAAUAAACUUUUUAACAUCAGUGUAUUUAUCAACGAAGAAACCUCCUAGUCACUGGAUCACAAUGCGGGUUGCAUUGCUUUGUGAGAAGAAUGAAAAAUAAAUGUCCAUACCAAACCAUUUUAA